UACAAGAAAGCUGUAGUCUGUAUGUAUCGGUGACAGUGGUCUUUUUUUUUUUUUUUUUUUUUUUUUUUUUUUUUAGUAUAAUACAAGUAAGAAAACAUGUUCCAGAGAAUCACCUCCAGCCUUCGCGCACAAGGAAUAUUACAGGGGUUAUUUAUUCUUCUGCUGUUCAUUGGACCUUUCAACUGCUUUUCAACUUACAGCCAAACCAAUGAAAUCAUUUAUACAAUAAAUGAAGGAUUACCCAAGGGAACACUAAUAGGAAACAUUGGAGCGGAUUUAAAGUUGGAUUUCUCUGCUGAUCCCCCUCUUUCAUUCAAUCUGGUGUCAAAGAAGAUCAGUGGUCAGUAUGUGAACCUAAAUAACACUACUGGGGAACUGUACGCAGCUGCCAUCGAAAUUGACAGAGAAGCCCUUUGUCUAGAAAAUUCUGACAAUCAGGCUUGUAUCUUAUCUUUUGACAUUCUCAUCCUACCACAGCAAUAUUUCAGAUUGGUGAAAGUUAAAAUCAUAGUAAAAGAUGUCAAUGACAAUUCACCCAGAUUUCCUGCUUCUGAGAUUCAAGUUUUUGUUCCAGAAAAUGCCAAGAUCAAAUCAAGAUUUGUAAUCGAGCACUCUGCUGUCGACCCUGACACUGGCAUUCAUGGAGUACAGAUGUAUUGGCUGCGUAACGAUUAUGGAGUAUUUACCUUGGAUGUGGAAGAAAAUGAAAAUGGUGACCUAACACCCUUCUUGAUUGUGAUAGGUUCCCUUGACAGAGAAAGCAAGGAUGAAUAUGUAACUGAUAUAAUAGCAGAGGAUGGAGGAACUCCACAGCAUUUAGGAACAGCUACCCUGAAAAUAAUCAUAACAGAUGUGAAUGACAAUUGUCCUGUAUUUACUGAAUCCCAAAUUAAUGUAACAAUAUAUGGAAAUGCUACCAAUGGAGCCCAUGUUACCAGAGUUCACGCCUUCGAUCCAGAUUUGGGGUCUAAUGCCCAAAUAUCAUACUCUUACAGUGAAAGGGUGCCCCAGGCCUCCAAGGCUUUAUUUAAUCUUGAUACUAAUUCAGGGGUCAUUAAAAUCAGUGGUAUAAUAGAUGGUAACACUGCUCAGCGUCAUAAACUAACAGUACUUGCAAAUGGACUUGGUUGUAUACCAGUCGUGACAUGUGUGACAGUGAACAUAAUAAAAGUGUUUUUCAAUCCUCCAGUCGUGGUGCCACGCUAUAUAGCUUCUGUGGUAGAUUGCACAGUGUAUUUGAAGGAAUCAGAGCCAUCCUACUCACCAAUAGCAUUUUUCACUAUAAAGGAUCUAGAUCAAAAGCAAAUGGUAGAUUGCCAUCUGGAAGGUGAUGGACCUUUCAGGUUAUCAACUUACAAGACAUUUAUUAAUGAAUAUUUGUUAGAGACUACAGAGACUUUGGACUAUGAGUUAAAACAAAACUAUGAGUUGACAGUAGUUGCUAAGAACUCCCAGGGUCUUGUUGUAAAAACCGUCAUCAAGGUGCAACUAAUAGAUGUGAAUGAUAACUCUCCUGUUUUUAAGGAGUCUUUGAUUCGUUUAUUACUGGAAGAAAACAACGCUCCUAAUACAUUCCUGACAAAACUACAUGCGACAGAUGAAGACAGUGGAGAAAAAAGUCAAGUGUUGUAUAUUCUAGGGUCUGAUGCUCCUUCAGUUUUCACAUUGGACAAAGUUUCUGGAGUUCUUAUGGUUACCACAUCUCUGGACAGAGAAGAAAGGGAUGAGUACAGAUUUACAGUUAGAGCUGUGGAUUGUGGCUCACCACGUAUGGAAUCCAUAGCUACUGUAAUCAUCACAGUGCUCGACAGGAAUGAUAACAGCCCACGAUUUAUCAACAAGGAUUUCAGCUUUUUUGUACCAGAGAACAUCCCAGGUUUUGGAGAAAUUGGAGUUAUUUCAGUGAGCGAUGCUGAUUCAGGAAAGAAUGGGUUGGUCGCUCUAUCUAUUGUUAAUGGCAGCGACAUUUUUGUCAUUGACACAGGGAAAGGGGUAUUAAGGGUCAAAGUGCCUUUGGAUAGAGAACAAAAUAGUUCUUACUUGAUUUGGAUAGAGGCUGUAGAUGGUGGAGAGCCUGCCCUCUCAUCUAGCACUAUGAUUACGGUUUUGCUUUUGGACGUCAACGACAAUCCACCUUUGGUUUUGUUUCCUCAAUCUAAUCUGUCGUAUAUGCUGGUGCUACCAACAACUCUUCCAGGCUCCUCCAUAACAGAAGUAUAUGCAGUAGACAAAGACACAGGAAUGAAUGCAGUGAUAGCCUACAACAUCAUUGGAAGAAAGGGGCCUCAGCCCGAGUCAUUUGAAAUCGACCCUGGUACAGGCAACAUCACUUUGCAGAAAACACUGAAGCAGAAUGAUUGUGGCUUGUACAGACUACUCGUUAAAGUCAGCGAUCAUGGACAACCAGAGCCUCUUCAUUCAACAGUUAUGGUUAACCUAUAUGUCAAUGAGACAUUAAACAAUGAGAGCUUUAUAGAAAGUUUACUGAGAAAAGAACCUGACAUCACUGUGGAGCAAGUGCCACCAGAACGAUUGGCAGAGCCUGCUAAGAGAAAGUUAGAACAGUUUCCCUGUGUUCCUGUAUUAAUAUCACUUUCGGCUGCAUGUCUAGGGCUUCUGUUAAUAGUGAUUCUAAUGUCUGCCUGCAUCUGCUUAAGGAAACAAAAGAAGCACAAACAUAAAGAAAAAAGAUUGGAAGUAGAGAUACCAUUAAAUACAAACAAGGAUUUCCAGGCAAAAGAAAAAAAAGAUGAUGGAGAUUUUCAAUAUAUGAUACACCACUAAGCUGAAAUCAGGUUUGCAAAGCUCUGUCAGUUAAUCUAUGUUGGGAGUAUUAUUUAACUUGAAGGUAACUGUAUAUAAAAUGGCAACAAAAUAGGUUAUAUUAAGAUGCAUAUUGUAUAUAAAUGUUUGUAAUUUUAUAAUAAAGGUAAUAUUAUGGAAUAGUUUAGUGGGACGUAUGUUUUUGCUAGCUGUUUUUGCUUCUGUGCCUGAGAAUUCUGGAUGAGGUAAUCAGAGGAUUCGUUUUUAAAUCUUUACUUAAUGCAUUCCAUUUAGGCAUUUUCCUUUCCACAACAAGUGAAUUGUUUUGAUCAAAAUCCAGUUUUCACAGUUCCACCAGUAAGCCUAAAAGUGCCUUGAAUCAAUCCUCAUUAAAAUGCCCACAGGUAAAACUUCAGAGAAAGUGAUAAAUAUAGUCUUGUGGAAAAGGCAGAGCUUGUAAAAUAUUCAAUUAGUUGAAGACAGUACAAAGUAGUUGUUUGGAUUGUUACUAUUGUUCCUGCUUUUUGGCUCUCUCUCACUUCAAGAGGCUAUCAAAAGGAAAUGCAUUUUGCCCAUGAACAGAGCAAGGGCAGUUUAAGAUAUUUUCAUGUGGUUGUGCUGUUUAAUUGCAAUGCUCCUGAUUACAGCAUGUUUGGGGGUUCCACGUGCUUUCUUUAUUUGAGAAUAUUUGGAUACAUUAUAGUAGGAAUAUUUUGUAUACAUAAGAACUUCAUUUUUUCCUUUGUUUUCUAUCAUUUUAAAUCAGGUAUUUCCAGAUUGUGAUGUGCGUAAUCCAUUGGCUGUUGAAGUUAUGCACACUUUGCCACAGGCUAAUCUGGUCUAAUGUGGAUUGUUUUUUAAUGUAA